AUGUCUCCAGCCGGAGGAGUGCUGGCCCCUGUGGUCAUGCGCGCCCUCCGCAGCGCGGUCGUCAACACCGCCAAGAUGACGAAAGUCCUCCAGCGCAAGCUUGCCGGCGCGACCCAGCCCCUGAGCAAAGAAGUUCAGUAUGUCACCGUUCGCUCCACCGGACGACAGCCUAUCCACCCUACCGCCUUCCUGCGCCAGUCCAAGCGAGGUGUGCGAUGGACAUCUUCCACCGCCUACAACCGUCUCAACGCUAGCGUCCGCCGCUUCAUCACUACCGCAGCCAACGAGCUACGCGCCGCCCCAAGAAUCGACCGCUCUGCCUUCAACCAGACGAAUGUCGGACGCGCAUUCUCCCAGUUCCCUGGACGAGCCCCAUUCGCCCACACACUGCGACCGAACCUCACCGGCGGCGCGAUGCCCCGGACUGCCGGCGGCUACGCAAUGCCCGGCUCGGGACGUGUCGGAGGCCAGCGAUACUUCAGCCACGGACCCACUUCCCAGGCACAGGUCGUCCAGAACGUCUCCCAAGCAAUGCGUGCCUUCUGGCUCUCCGGCCAGAGGGCCCAUUUCGACGGGCACGGCCCUAACGGCGAGAAGAGAUACAAGCCAGUGACCUCUUUGCAGGAGUCCGCAGGCAGGAAGAUGGCUAGCAUGCCGCGCAUGAUGCCCGGCUCGUUCGUCGACUUCCAGAUCAGCCCCACCGUCACCGCCCUGAGCCCCCUGGCUGCCGUCGCUGCCAUGGCCACCAGCUCUGACGCGAAGCACGAGGUUGGCGCUGCCACUCUCAAUGCCGAUGGCUUCUUCGACGUCCUCUCGACCGACUUUGCGCGGCAGCUGAAGGACCUCACGGCCGUCAUGAGCGAUCUCAAGCGUCUCGCGGCGCUUGGUGAUCUUCCCAUCACGCUGGAGAAGAACAACACCCUGCGAGUUCGGUUCCCAGGUCUUGAUUCCGAUACGGUGGAACGAUUAUGUGAUGACACCGGCGUUCAGCGAGGUGUCAUCAAGCAAGACCCCGAGUUCGACGCCAGCUACGGCAGCCCGAUGGCACUGCGCUUUCCGUACGCGCCUGAUGCGCACGAGGAGGAGACACUCACCUCUCCUGGUGGCUCAUUGAGAUCGCAGCUGUCAGACCUGUCCUCGAUCGAGGAAGACGAGGCUCUUUUUGAUGAGUACGUUGAUGAGUACAUCGAGGAGAACCCCUGGCUGUCGACCCCGGAGCCAGAAGUCGAGGCCGAGGAAGGAUACGAGAGCAUGUCUGAUCAUGUCUUGAGUUCUGCCGAGCACGUCUCUGAGGGCUUCGAGGGCUUGGAGGGCAUCUACCGCUUCCUGGAGGAGUGCGACAACCUCAAGUCCCAAACAAGGUUCUAG